AUGUUGACAGCAAUCGGCCGCGCCGCCGCUCAGCGCGUGCUCCUCCGCACCGCCCCGCUGGCAGUACCGCGAACUCAGCUUGCCGUCGUGCGCGCAGCGUCUUGCCGCGGCUUCUCAACCUCGCAAUGGGCGCGCAUGCCUGCCACCAAGGCGGCGACAACCACUAAGACCAAGACGAAGACCACGGCCGCCAAGAAGAAGCCUGCCACCAAGGCCAAGAAGCCCGCUGCUAAGAAGCCCAAGGCGAAGAAGAAGGUCGCCGUUAAGAAGGCUGUGCCCAAGAAGAAGGUCAAGAAGGUGGUGCUCACGCCCGAGCAACAGAAGAGGCUCAGGGUGCGGGAGUUGAAGACGGCAGCGCUGCUGGAGGAGCCCAAGAAGCUCCCAACGAACACAUUCCGGGUGUACGCUGAGCAACAAUUUGCUACGGAGCCCACCUCAGACUUGAAGUUGACCGACCGGGUCAAGAGCAUUGCCGAGUCUUACAAGAACCUGUCCUCAUACGAAGUCCAGCGUCUCGAAGAGACUGCCGAAGCCAACAAGCUGACCAACAACGCGGCCUACAAGUCGUGGGUUGAGUCGCUCCAGCCCACGGUUGUGGCCGAGGCCAACCGCGCCCGCGCGAGGCUCCGCAACCUUACCGGCAAGCAGGUCCCGCGGGCCAUCCGCGACGACCGCCUCCCCAAGAGGCCGCACAACGCCUACGCGCUCUUCGUCAAGGCGCGGUUUGGCAGCGGCGACUACUCCAACCACACCGGCAAGGCGAGUGAGAACAUGCAAGCCAUUGGCAACGAGUGGAAGCAGAUGUCACCGCCCGAGAAGCUCGCGUAUGAGGAGCUCGCCAAGGCUGACUUUGACCGUUGGGAGCGCGAGUCGCUGGAAGUCUUGGGCCAUGUCGUCAAGCGUAGCCCUUCUCCCGAGUAA